AUGCAUAUUCUUGAGAGUCAAUCACUCAGCGGAGAUGAAGGCAGCACAAAGACGAUGCAGGAGGAUCGGGAAGCAGCUUCAGUUUACUGGAAAAGCGCUCUAGCUGGCUGCCAGGCUAUAUCGUUCCCUACCUUGCCACCAGCCGUGCAGCAGCCAGUUGCGGAAACGACAACGACAUACCAAUGCCUCCCACUGGUAAGACGGCCAUCCGACGUAACAAUUUCCACUAUCGUCUAUGGCGCCUGGGCCAUUGUCGCCAGCUACUAUACCAACAUGGACGAUGUUGUAUUUGGUGCUACCAUAACCGGACGGAAGGCGUAUAUCAAUGGCGCCAAGGUUGGGGUUGAACCUGACAUUACUGUGGUCCCGGUACGAGUCUGUAUACGAGAUGAUGCUGCUGUAUCUUGCUUUUUGCAUAACUUGCAGCAACAAGAGGCUCAGAUGACUCUACACAAGCAGACGGGACUUGAGCAGAUUGCCAAGGUAUCAGCGGACGCCAAGCAUGCCUGUCAAUUUCAAACUCUGCUCACAUUACAGUCCGCGUCUGGAAAAGGAGGCAAAGAAACUAUUGGGGAGUGGCACAGUCAAUCCAAGUUGCAGGAUUUCACAAAAUUCGCGCUGUUGUGGGACUGGAAUCGCAAUAUACCUCCCACAACUGAACGUUGCAUCCACGACUUGUUUACAGAACAGGCAAAGGCACGGCCUACUGCGCCCGCCAUCUGCGCAUGGGAUGGCGAGAUGACGUAUGGCGAGCUAGACACGCUAUCCUCUAGAUUGGCUAGCCAUCUAGUCGAUCUGGGAGUUGAGCCAGAAGUCAUUGUCCCUCUCUGCUUUGAAAAGUCAAUGUGGGUAGUGGUAGCAAUGCUUGCUGUGCUCAAGGCUGGCGGGGCGUUUCUCCUUCUCGAUCCAUCCUUGCCCCGUGAGCGCCUAAAAUUGAUGUGCAGGAAGGCAUCGGGUUCGAUAGCUCUGUCGUCUCAGGCGAGUGCGAUGGUUAUCGAUGAUUUGGUCAGCACUCUUGUGAUCGUCAAUCGCGAUUCAAUCUGUCGAACCAGUUCUCAAGCUUCGCCUCCUGCCACUGUAAAGCCUGGAAAUACUGCCUACGUCAUUUUCACAUCGGGAAGUACAGGUGAACCAAAAGGUUGCAGAGUUGAGCAUCAAGCAGCGUGCUCUUCUGCGGUCAGUCACGGUCAUAUCUUAGGAAUCCACGCAAACACUCGAACGCUGCAGUUCGCUUCCUACUCCUUCGCUGUGUCCUUGGUAGAGAUGCUGAACAACUUCAUUCAUGGUGGCUGCAUCUGUAUUUUGUCAGAAGAAGAGCGAAGAAUGAGCCUAGGCCCCGCUAUGUCUAGGAUGAGAGUGAGCUGGGCGUGCCUCACUUCGACCGUGCUAGACCUUAUAACACCCGAUGCAGUUCCGUCGUUAGAUGUUGUAUGUGUGGGUGGAGAUCCAAUACGUCGCUCUCAGAUUAUGCAGUGGGAAGCGCGGGUACAUCUGCGUCAGUCGUACGGAAGCAAUAUAGGCCCGGCUAUUACAGGUGUAUUUUGGAUUGUGGAUCCCAAUGAUCAUGAGCGACUCCUCCCAAUAGGAGCUGUUGGUGAAAUUCUUAUCGAGGGUCCCGCACUAGGUCGGGAGUACAUUGAUGAGCCAGAAAAGACGGCCGCAUCCUUCAUAGAGGCACCGGCAUGGAGAGCUUCUUUCGGGCAGAACAACCGCUCCAGACGCCUGUACAAGACUGGAGACUUGGCGAGAUACAAAAAGGACGGGUCGGUUGAGCUAAUGGGACGAAAAGACAACCAGGUGAAACUUCGUGGGCAGCGUAUCGAAUUAGGGGAGAUAGAGCACCAAGUCAGGCAGGCAAAGUGCGGCGUGAAAGGAGCCGUGGCAGAGCUGAUUAGACCUCGCGAUAGCGUGGAUGAUCUGCUUGCUUGCUUUAUCAUUCUCGAUAAUAACCCGGACAACGAGAUGAACGCAAGCGACGAAAACACGAAGUACGAGACAGACACACAGAAAGUUGUGCAGCAAGUUCAAGAGAAGUUGGAUCAGUUUCUUCCGCAAUACAUGGUUCCGUCAGCGUUCGUCAGACUGCCCCAUCUACCAUUAACAUGGUCCGGAAAGAUUGACCGCAGAAAAAUACGCGAAAUAGGGGCGUCCUUCUCAACGCAGCAAUUACUAGCCGAGCUGCGUACGCAGAGCCAGGGGCCUACUAAGCGGCAGCCAAUAACAGCGAUAGAGCAGGCGAUGCAGCAGCUAUGGGCUCAAGUACUCUUUAUGGAUAUGGAUACUAUUGGGCUGGAUGACAGCUUCUUCCGCCUAGGUGGCGACUCGAUCGCGGCCAUGAAGCUGGUGGCUGAAGCCCGCAGGUUAGGGAUGCAAUUGACAGUAGCAGACGUCUUUCGCAGCCCCAAGCUCUGUCAGCUUAGCAUUGCCGCCACCGCAUCCGUCACAGAUUCUCCCACUACAAUCCCUCGUGUGCAGCAUAUUGGACCCGCUUCACAAUCCUUUGCCCAAGGACGUUUGUGGUUCUUAGAGGAGUUGUACCCGGGAUUGAACUGGUACUCGAUGCCACUCAUGGUGCGCAUAAAGGGUUCAAUGAGGCUAGAAGCACUCAAAUCUGCCCUGCUUGCAGUCGAGAGCCGCCAUGAGACGCUGCGGACGACUUUUGACACUAUCAAUGGUGUUGGCUCGCAAAUCGUCCGGCCAUUCUGCAGCAAAGAUAUCAAUGUUAUCGAACUGCCGGCAGGCGACGAGCAGCGUCUUACAGAUGCUCUUAAACGGGACCAAGCGACUCCUUUCAACUUGCGGUUGGAGCCUGGAUGGAGGGCAACUAUCUACCAUAUAGGUAAAGAUGAACACGUGCUAUCUAUUGUCAUGCACCAUGUUAUCUCGGAUGGCUGGUCCUUGGAUGUGCUAACGCGCGAGUUGGCUGCUUUUUACUUUGCCGCGACACAGGGCCAGGAUCCGCUGGCUCAGGUACAGCCGCUCCCAAUUCAGUACUGCGACUUCUCGCUCUGGCAGAGAGAGCAAGCCCAGGCCGAAAACCACCAAAAACAGCUCAGCUAUUGGGUCCGGCAGCUCCAGGGAAACCGACCUGCGGAACUGCCUUGUGACAAGCCCCGACCCGCUGCCUUAUCAGGGCAGGCCGGUGUGCGAACCAUUAAAAUCGACGGGUCUCUAUAUGAUAAUCUACAGCGUUUUUGCAAGUUGCACGGAACGACACACUUUGUAGCUCUGCUAGCUGCCUUCCGAACCACACAUUUCCGACUCACCGGCCAAGGCGACGCAACCAUCGGCACCCCAAAUGCCAAUCGAGAUAGGUGGGAGGUCAAGGAUAUGAUCGGCUUCUUUGUCAACUUACAAUGUCUUCGAAUAUCUGUUGGCGAGGAAACCUUUAAGGGCCUUGUUGAUCAGGUCCAUAAUAUCGUAGUGGCGUCCCAUGCCAAUGCGGAUGUUCCAUUUGAGAGCAUCGUAUCGAAGCUAAAGAAUGAUCGAGAUCUGUCUCGCCAUCCAUUUUUUCAGAUAGUGUUUGCUGUACACGCUCAGCAGGAUUUCGGACAACUGAAACUCGACGGCUUGGAAACAGAGGUCGUGUCUACGUCGGCAAAUUCAAGGUUCGAUCUGGAGUUCCACUUCUACCAGCAGGCCGAUGGCCUUCAGGGCAGCGUGCUGUUCUCUACCGACUUGUACGCUCCAGAAACCAUUGACAAUAUGCUCUCAAUAUUCCACGUUGUCUUGGAAACAUGUCUUAAGGAGCCUGAGACAGUAGUGGCUUCAUUGCCAUUGCUAAGUGACGCUCACUUCCAAAAGCUGGAUGAGAUGGGGCUUAUCCAGGUCGAAGAGACGGCUUAUCCCCGUGACUCUAGUAUCGUAGACUUGUUUCGCCAGCAGGCUUCUGUUUGUCCGUCCAGGGUUGCCGUCCAAGAUGCGUCGGCAAAGAUGACGUACGCUCAAUUAGAUGAAGCAUCUGAUACUCUUGCUUGGUGGUUGUCUAAGCGAGCGCUCGCUCCGGACACCCUCGUAGGCGUGCUCGCGAAUCGAAGCUGCGAGGCAAUCAUUGCGUUCCUGGGCAUCCUGAAAGCAAACCUGGCCUAUCUUCCACUUGAUUCCAAGGCGCCAACAAAAAGGAUAGAGGCCAUCCUGUCGUCCCUUCCCGGCCAUACUAUUCUUCUUACAGGAGCAGAUAUUCCAAAUACGAACAUACAGCUGAGCAAAGUUGAGUUUUUUGGCAUCGGGAAAGCCUUGACAGAAGUGAUGGACAACUUCAUUACUCAACAAUCUAUGAAGACUAUUGCGGGGCCAUCAUCUACCAGCCUCGCUUAUGUCAUGUUCACCUCAGGGUCGACAGGCCAGCCAAAGGGAGUCAUGGUGGAACACCGCGGCAUUGUUCGACUAGUAAGGGAUAACAACCUAGUUCAGUAUCUUCCGGACCCACCUGUCAUGGCCCACAUGGCCAAUCUUGCCUUUGACGCCUCGACAUGGGAGAUUUACGCCCCUCUAUUAAAUGGUGGCACUAUAGUCUGUAUUGGGCCAAUGGCGGUCCUGGAUCCCGAGGUUGUACUCCAGAUCUUUCGCCUACAUCAUGUACAGUCAGCCUUCAUGACACCAACUCUGAUGGGCAGUUAUGCGAAACAAUUACCUGCAAUAUUCACUGGUAUCGAGAUGCUGUGUGUUGGAGGUGAGGCACUUGAACCACAUCACAUUCAGAGCAUAGAGAAUGUGUUCACGGGCAAGCUUGUGAACUCAUAUGGCCCAACCGAGAACUCCGCCUGGAGCACACUCUUCCUCGUCACGAAGAAAGAGAGGUCACUGAACGGCGUGCCUAUUGGCCGAGCGUUGAGCAACUCUGGUGCUUACGUUAUGGACUCGAAGCUGACCAUUGUGCCUCUCGGAAUCGUCGGUGAGCUCGUCGUCACAGGCGAUGGUGUAGCGCGUGGAUAUACCGAUCCCAGUCGUGACAUCGAUCGCUUUAUCUCGAUUACUAUCGGUGGUCAGACGGUCAGAGCGUACCGAACCGGUGAUUUUGCCCGCUGGCGACCAACCGACGGCGAGCUAGAGUAUUUCGGUCGGAUGGAUGGACAAGUCAAGAUUCGCGGAAACCGUGUCGAGUUGAGCGAGAUCGAGCACGUCCUCCAUAGCCACAAAUCGGUCAGUGAAGCAGUAGUGGUCGUCCAGCAGCAAGGCGGAGAGGCGCGGCUGGCUGCGUUCGUCACAGCAAACGAAAGCACUGCAAUCGCCAAUUCACAGCAUGGCAAUAGUGGCGAAUCGAACCACGUUGACGCGUGGGAAACGAAAUUCGAAUCUGAACUGUAUUCACCAAUCAGUGUUGUUCAACCUGAAAGCAUUGGUCGAGACUUUGUUAGCUGGACUUCAAUGUUUGAUGGCACCGAGAUAGACAAGGGGGAAAUGAACGAGUGGCUGGAUGACACUAUACACACCAUACUCGAGACCCAUCGACCCGAUCACGUACUCGAGAUUGGAUCCGGAACCGGCAUGAUCCUGUUCAAUUUGGGCGAUGGGCUGCAAAGUUAUGUGGGUCUGGAACCGUCCCAGAAAGCCAUCAAUUUCAUCACAGAAUCCGUCAAAUCUAUGCCUGUAUUGUCAAGCAAGGUCCAAAUGCAUAAGGCUACAGCAGCAGAUGUUGGGCAUCUUGAAACGCCUAUCAUCGCAAGCCUUGUCAUUGUGAACUCGGUUGUUCAAUACUUCCCGAGCGUGGAGUACCUCUUCAAGACCGUGCAGCAGCUUCUCAAGAUUGGCACUGUUCGCACGAUCUAUUUUGGCGACAUUCGAUCCUAUGCGUUGCACCGAGAGUUCUUGGUAACGCGAUCACUGCAUAUAGCCAGUGGCAAGGCAACAAGGGCUGACAUUCAACGCAUGGUAACUGACAUGGAGCGAGUCGAGCGUGAGCUGCUGGUUGAUCCAGGUUUCUUCACUUCCCUGCCUGAUUACUUUCCGGACCUCAUCGAGCAUGUCGAGAUCCUACCUAAGAAGAUGAGGGCGACAAAUGAGCUGAGUUGCUACCGCUAUGCAGCUGUUGUGCAUGUUAAGGAAACAAACCAGCAGACAAGAGAUAUUCGCAGCCUUGGAGAUGGUGAAUGGAUCGAUUUUGUAGAGCGCCAGCUGGAGCGCCAGUCUCUGCAGGAGCUGCUUCGGGAUCUCCCUGCAUCGGCCACAAUAGCUGUGAGCAACAUUCCUUACAGCAAGACUAUCAUAGAUCGGUGCGUGAUAGAUGCGCUGGGUGAAACAGAAGCAAAGACAUUCGAUCACGAGGAUUGGCUGUCUGAAGUACAUCAGAGAGCCCAGAGCUUUGCCUCGCUUUCACCUAUAGACUUGGUUGAGCUUGCCCGAGAGGCCAAUUGCCAAGUAGAGAUUAGUUGGAACAGACAAUUCUCUCAGCGUGGUGGUUUAGAUGUCAUCUUCCAUCGAUACCCGCAGAAGGAAGAGAGUAGGAUAAUGUUCCGAUUCCCCACUGACCACUCAGAUCGUCCGUUGCAUAGUCUCGGCAGCAAGCCGUUACAGCACAAUUUCCUACAGAAAAUCCCACAAGAGCUGCUGGAGAUUGCUGAAGGUCACCUGCCUGCUUACAUGGUUCCUCAGACUAUCACCGUGCUAGACGCAAUGCCGAUGAACCAGAACGGCAAGGUAGACCGAAAGGCGCUUGCAGAACGAAUAGAAGUACAGAAUAGCCACAGAGAGUCGACCCAGCAACUGAUGUCAGCUGGAGAAAAGACCAUGCAGCAGCUGUGGGCUCAGGUACUCGGCAUCAAUGCGGAAACCAUCGGGCUAGACGACAGCUUCUUCCGCCUAGGCGGCGACUCGAUCGCGGCCAUGAAGCUGGUGUCUGAAGCUCGCAAGCAAGGCAUUCAAUUGACAGUUGCGAGCAUUUUCCAUUCUCCUAAGCUCAUUGAUCUAGUGGCUUCAGCCCACAAAGAGGCUCCAGCCACACCACAAUAUAUUGAGCCUUUCUCGCUUCUUAGCUUGAAUUCAGACACCGAAAAAGCACAAAUCCAGGAGGAAGUUGCAGCUGGCUGUGGCCUAGAUAGAGGCCUAGUAGAGGACAUCUACCCGUGCUCACCUCUACAGGAGGGCCUGAUGUCACUAACGUCGAGGCGAGCAGGCGACUAUAUCAUGCAGAGCGUGCUAGAGCUGCAUAGCGACAUAGAUGAAGGCGCUUUCCGGGCAGCGUGGGAGCAGGUGGUUCUAUCAUCAGCCGUGCUGCGCACCCGGAUCGUGCAGCACAGUAUGCUGGGCCUAUUGCAGGCUGUCGUUGCAGAAGGCAUACAGUGGGCCGAGUUUGAUGACCUGCAAGCGUACCUUGCGAAGGAUAAGUCUACAACAAUGCAGGUGGGCGACCCUCUAGCGCGCUAUGCAAUUGUUAAGGAACACGGGGGCGAGAAGCGCUGGUUUGUGUGGACCAUCCACCACACUUUGUAUGAUGGCUGGUCUCUGCCACGCAUCCUAAAUGCGGUUGGGAGGGCGUACCGAGAGACUGCAGUCGAGAAGCCUACUGGGUUCAACGCCUUUAUCCAGCAUCUUGGCCAGCAAGAUCAGGAGGCGAUCACGAAGUACUGGCAAGCCACGCUUGCCGACUUCAAUGGGACCCUAUUCCCACCACUAUCGACAUCAUCAUCAGCACAGCAGCCUGUUGCGAAUGCAAUGCUGGAGUACCAGUGCGCGCCACUCCCUAAGACAGCAUCCAACACAACUAUGUCGACGCUGAUCCGCGCUGCGUGGGCUAUUGUCACUGGGAACUAUACCAACUCAGAUGAUGUUGUCUUUGGGACAACAGUAAUGGGUCGAAACACACCAGUCCCUGGAAUCGAGGCUAUGCUGGGACCUACCAUCGCGACAGUACCAGUACGUGUGCGUUUUCAGAAGGAACUCACUGUGCAAGCUCUCCUUGAUACAGUGCAGCGGCACGCGACCGAGAUGAUUCCAUAUGAGCAAACGGGACUGCACCGGAUCGCCAAGAUGGGAGUCGAUGCACAGCAUGCUUGCAGCUUUCAGUCGCUAGUAGUGGUGCAGCCAGCUGAUAGCCAUCUGGAGAUGAACAAAGAGCUAGGGACGUGGCAUAGUCGUUCAGAGAUACAGGACUUUACGACAUAUGCGUUGAUGGUCCAGUGCACACUAGCGGCAGAAGGAGUCCACAUCACAGCUAGUUUCGACCCAAGAGCGAUAGGGCGCUGGCAGCUAGAGAAGAUAAUGGGCCAGUUCAGCUUCGUCAUGAAACAGAUGGCGGAAGCUGACGCCAGCACAACAAUUGCCGAUAUCAAUCUACUUAGCUCCAAGGAUAAACAGCAGCUAUGGGAAUGGAACGCUAAAGUCCCAGCAAUGGUAGAGCGGUGUGUGCAUGGCCUGUUCAUGGAGCAGGCAAGGGCACGGCCUACUGCACCCGCCAUCUGCGCGUGGGAUGGCGAGACGACAUACGGCGAGAUUACGUACGGCGAGCUAGAUGCCUUGUCCUCUAGGCUAGCUAGCUAUCUGAUUGAUCUAGGAGUUGGGCCAGAAGUUAUUGUUCCUCUCUGCUUUGAAAAGUCAAUGUGGACAGUGGUAGCAAUGCUCGCUGUGCUCAAGGCUGGCGGGGCGUUUGCACCGCUUGACCCAGAGCAUCCACCAAGUCGGCACGAGGAGAUCUUUCGGCAGACCAAGGCAAGAGUAGUACUAGCCUCAGAGCAAUACACGACUCUCUGCAAAAGAGAAGGUCGCGUCGUUGUAACAGUCAGUAAAGCAUCGGUCCAUCGGCUGCUCAGCGAGGCCAGCGAGCGGAAAGUGCACCCGGAUGUACAACCAGGAAACAGUGCCUAUGUCAUCUUUACAUCAGGUAGCACAGGUACGCCCAAGGGCGUGGUGGUCGAGCAUCAGGCCAUCGUGACGAGUAGUCUGGGUCACGGCGAAGCGCUUGGGUUCACGCAAGAUAGUCGAGUCCUCCAGUUCUCAUCUUACACAUUCGACGCCUGUAUAGCCGAAAUCUGGACUACGCUGAUACAUGGCGGAUGUACAUGUGUCCCUUCAGAGCGCGAUCGGCGUAAUAGUCUGUCUGAGGCCAUUAGCAGGAUGAGUGUGACCUGGGUUUUUCUUACACCGACUGUUGCACGUCUCCUAGACGCUCGUGAGAUUGCCUCUGUCUCUACACUUGCAGUAGGUGGCGAACUCAUCCGCUCUACGGACUGGGACCUUUGGGAGGGUCAUGUUAGACUGAUACACGUUUAUGGGCCUACAGAGUGUUGUGUCUACAGCACUGCGUAUUUUGAUAUAAAUGCGUCACGGCCUGCAGUCAUUGGGAAAUCAAUCGCGUCAGUGAGCUGGGUGGUAGAUCCGGAUAAUCACCAUAGGCUGGCGCCUCUAGGCUCAGUAGGCGAGCUGCUUAUCGAGGGACCGAUCCUGGCGCGCGGCUACCUCGAUGAUAUGGAGAAGACGGCGGCAGCGUUCGUCUCCGACCCUGCUUGGUUGCUAGAGAUAGGGCGGACAGGUCGAGUAUAUAAGACGGGCGAUCUUGUAUUCUACAACGCAGAUGGCGACCUGGUGUACGUGGGCCGCAAGGAUGGGCAGGUCAAGAUACGCGGGCAGCGGGUAGAGCUAGGAGAGAUUGAGCACCACGUGCGCGAGUGUAUGCCAGCAGUUGAGCAGGUGGCAGCAGAGGUGAUUACGCCAGGAAACAAGAAGGACAAAGCAGUGGUGGCCAUCUUCGUGCAGCAGGAUAACGUCUCGACCGAAGGCGAGUUUGCGGCCCGCGUUUUUUUCCCUACGAAUGUAGACGACCAGCUUAGCGAGCGGCUACCCAGCCAUAUGCUACCUGGCGUCUAUAUUAAAUUGUCAAAGCUUCCAACAAUGACAUCAGGCAAGACAGACAGACGGCGACUGCGCGAGAUAGGAGCGUCCUUCUCAGCGCAGCAAUUAGCCGAGCUACGCAUGCAGAACCAGGGACCUAAGCGGCAGCCAGUAACAGCCAUAGAGCAGACACUACAGCAGCUAUGGGCUCAGGUACUUGGCAUUGAUGCGGAUACUAUCGGGCUGGACGAUAACUUCCUGCGUCUAGGUGGCGACUCGAUCGCGGCCAUGAAAUUGGUGGCCGAAGCCCGUAAGCAAGACAUCCACUUGACAGUUGCCAUGGUCUUCCGGGCUUCAAUACUGCAUGAUCUCGCCACUCUUUCCUCGCGUUCAUCCACUACUGCUGCUUUCCAGCCUCCUGCCAGCUUUUCUUUACUUUCGUCUAGUCUAUACGAGGCUGUAGUUUCCAGCGGGACGCAAUGUCGGCCUUUCGUAGCCUUGGAUCGCGUUGAGGACAUACGGCCUGUCUCCUUCAUUCAGGAACAUUAUCUUUCUUACGGCGAACGGAAUUCUCGGGAUGCCUUCAACUACAUCUACCUGGAUUUGGACCCCUUUUUGGAUGUCGGCCGUCUGGAAAAUACUUGUCGUUCGCUAACACAGCACUUCAAAAUUCUCCGCACGCAUUUUUCGUCCUACCAAGGCCAAUACUUGCAGAUGGUUCUCCGCGAUUUUGAUGCACCCUUUUCAACUUUUGAGGUCAAUGGGUCCAUGGAUGGAGAAUCUAAUGCCAUAGUUCUACGAGAUGUCUGUCAGUCGUCGCCGCUUGGGGCACCGACUUCGUUCAUCUUCAUCCGCAAUGCCUCCAAGGCAGCUCGGCUUUUCAUUCGUCUAUCUCACGCCCAGUAUGACGGCUGGUGUAUCCCCGUCAUUCUCAACACACUCACUUCGCUUUUUAAUAGCAAGUCACUAAGCCCUGACAUUGACUUCUCAACAUAUUUGGCAUAUUCUCGUCAAAGAGCCCCUGUGGCUGCCUGCUAUUGGAAGCAUCUUCUCAAAGGCUCUCGCCUUACCCAGAUCAUCCCAAAACUCUCCCCUAAAGCCUGCGCAGACAGUCCUCUCAACAUCAAACUGGGGCGUUCAUUACCCCUACCUCAGCUACCUGGUGACAUAACAAUCGCAUCUCUUGUCAGCUCAGCCUGGGCUUUGGUUCUCUCUGCUGUUAGCGGAGAAGAAGAUGUAGUCUACGCUCAACUGGUCGGUGGACGAAACUCCGAUAUUCCAGGCAUUACAGAGAUAGUUGGGCCCUGCAUAAACAUCGUCCCAGUUCGUGCAGAUGUCUCUUCAGCGAAAACGGUAGCUAAUCUUCUCCAUUCCGUUCAAGAGCAGUACGUUUCCAUUGGAGAAGCAGACUCAAUGGGCUUCAACGACAUUGUUGAACAAUGCACAAACUGGCCAGCCGGAACCAUGUUUGACUCAUACAUCAAACAUCAAAACAUCGACGCAAAUCCGGAGAUUCACAUUGCAGACGGGAUAUCCAAAGUACAAUGGUUUGACAACCCCUUUGUAGUAGCACCUGAGCUGUCCAUUGUCACGCAAGCGCAAGCCGGCAGUUUGCACGUUACAAUCAAUGCUAAUACGCAUAUUCUCACGGCUGAAUGUGCAGACAAGCUACUGGACCUCCUUUGCGAAACGACCUCGAGGCUCUCCAUCAACCUUGAAAUGACACUAGAAUCGUUCAAGUCAUCUACAACGUCAUUUAUCUAA